AUGGAGUCAAUAGUACUGGUAAUCCUGCUUAUCAUCUGUGCAACCAGUUCCGGUCAUAAGUGUGUUAUUAAUCGUCACCUGGAAGUGAAAGUGGCUGAAUUUAAUGUUGCUGACUUUCAAGAAACAAUUGGCAACUUACAUGUUAUUGAAGUUGACGAUAGACGUUUAUGUCGCAUGAGAAUUGCUAUCGAUUAUAUUAGUGCAUUUCAGCGCAUACAAAUACAAUUUAGUCAGCAGUUCGAAGAUAGCGAUUUAAAUGAUGCGAUGAUCUCUUUCAUGACAUUAGCUAGGAAUACUCCAGAUAGUACUAGUAACUUUGAAAUUGCUAAUUUCGUUGAAUAUGCAUGUUCUGGCAACGAAUGUGACAAACAAUUUCUGAUAGAUCAUAUCAAUUGGUUAUUUAAAAUCGAUUACAUAGAAUUCGAGCAGAAGAUUCGUCCAUUAAUGAUGGGCUAUGGUAAAGAAGCAGGACAAUGCUUUGUCGAUUCGACAGUUACACAAUGUCGUGCUGGAAAGUGUUUCGGAAGUUAUAUACAAACUGAAAUUGAUAACGGCCAGUGGGAACAAGCCUGCAAUAAAAAUCAAGGAUUCGGAGUUUUAUUACAAAUUUCGCUUAAGUUUGAUUUACACGAUCUAAAUCCUGAUGCUCAUCGAAUGUACAUGCUUUGUCAAUAUGAUAAAUGUAACGAGAUGAACAUCAUGCUUGAAGUAAAAAGUAUAAUCGAUGAUCACUACAAUAUAUUUCCAGUACUCGAAAUGUUCAAAUACAAUUCAGCAAAGUCAACGACUGCAGUGAAGCUACCAGUUACAUCAGAUAUGAAAUAUAUAACUGAGCAAGACUUAUCAUCAGAAUUCACAAUGAAUCAACAAUCAUCAUUAGAAUUCACAACGGAUCAACAAUCACCAUUCGAAUUCACAACGAAUCAACAAUUAUUAUCAACUUCAGUAACAAAGUCGACCCCUAGCAAGACAACAACUACAAAAAAUAAAGGACGACGUAUUCAAAUUACUGAAAAUCUUGUUGAAUUUCUGGACUUACCUGAUGAAAUGAUCUUAUUUAUAAUGAAUAAAGUCAAACCCGAAGGGAUAUUACUCUGUUCUAUUGUUAACAUUGCAAACCAUCGCUUGGAACGAAUUAUUCUUGAUAAAUGUUAUUCAAUUGAUUUAAGUUUUGAUUAUUAUUGUUCAUCGCAUGAAUUCCUGAAUAAACGAUUUUAUUCAGAUCUUUUGCCUUGCAUUUACAAUUGUAUCCAAUCAUUGAUCAUCGCUAUUAAACAUUUGCUGUAUAUUCACGUUGCUGUCAAAGCAAUUGAUAGUGAAAUUCUUCCUAAUUUAAGACAUGUGAAAAUAUUAUCAGGUCGGCGCCGUCAUUAUACUGGAACACCAGUCACAAUAAGUUCUCAUUACAAUAGCGCAUUACAUCAAACACCUCUUUUCUCAAUUGUACCUCAAUUUGUUUUUAUCGAAGACAGAUUCGUUAAUCCGAUCUUAUCAGUUAUCCGUUGCUCGCCAAUUAUGCGGCCUAUUCACUCUUUUGCAUUCGAUAAUGAUGCUGCAUUAGGAGUACCUAUCAAUCAUGAUAAAUUAUUCUUUGCUCAAUCAUCUUAUCUUACUCAUAUAUCAAUCACAUUACGUGAAUUGUCCGAUUGUGUUCGUUUAUUAAACCAACUUGAUUCAGCAGUACACUCAUUUACUGUAAGCGUGAGAACUGUUUAUUUAGGCGAUGAAAUUAGUAUGUCUCAAAUAGAAUCAAUAUGUUGUACCAAUUUGAAACAAUUAACAAUGACGGUCUAUCGUAACAUUCUAAGCUAUAAAGAAUAUGUUCUUCCUUUGUUACAACAUUUAUCAAGCGUCGAACAUUUAACACUAUUAUUAGCCAUCGACUUAACUAAAUCCGAUAAUUUUAUUGAUGGACAUCAUUUACAAAGAAAUAUCGUUUCAUAUAUGCCUAAUUUAUGUCAGUUUCAUUUUCAUGUUCGUUCAAUAUUAAGAAAUGCUUCUUAUACUGAAAUAGAUACAACAAUUUCUCAAAGCUUCAUUGAAGAACAAUCUGUCGAUUAUGCAAUUGAUUAUUUCAAUAAUCAUUAUAGUCAAUGUCAAAUCUAUUCACUUCCAUUUAUUGGUAACCGUCUUGAUUUUAUUUCUAAUCGAUUUCCACUUUUCGACAUUAAAAAUACAUUUAAAAAUGUUACUAUGUUAUUACUUUAUGAUGAUAUUAAAUCUUUUGAAAAUGUUUUUUUUGAACAUGUUGCACAAGCUUUACCUCGUCUUCGAACACUGGAAAUAUCUAAUCAAUUAGAACAAGAAGAGAAAACAAUAACAAAUCCAAUUGAAUUUUCUUACUUAUCCACACUUAUUUUACAUAAAAUUCAUAUGAAUUAUGCCGAACAACUUCUUUAUCGAGCUCAUCUUCCAAAUUUAGUGGAACUUGUCAUUCGCAAUGAUGUUUUAUUGACAAUAAUCGAUCAAGAUAAUCGACAAGCUAGAAACAAUUGUUCAAAUAUUGAAACACUUCUCAUUGCUGAACCAUGGAUUAAACCAAGAAAAGUUCAUUUAAAAUUUUUUCCUAAAAUUUCUAUGAAAAAUUUGUAA